AUGAAGAAUAGCGACAAGAGCAACAGCAUUGAGUGCCGUGCCACGUUGGACGACGUGCUGGUGCAGCCCCGCGUGUUGUUGUACUCAGGCUCAGAUGAGUCCCUGGAGUCAAACGGAUUGCUGCAGGCACUAGAGCGCCUGGGAUCAAGACCAAGCGUUGUGGACAAGCCAUUUGUGAAGCUGAAGCCGUUUGGUGUGAACUCUCUGUCGCUCAAGAUCAACCUCCUGAUCGGUCAACCUGUUAUGGAACGCCUCGGGUUUUCGCUUGAUGACAUGCUCGUGGAUGCGCUGAUGAAGUGCCAAACCAGGGAAGUCGGCGAUUUGGGCGACGGUGAAGACAAACCAAGAACCUUCCAACGCCUGCAGGAGAUGUAUGGUGACGACGCUGAAGAGUUGGACGUUGCUUGCUCUACCCUGUCGAUGGAGAAGACGGCUGACCCAUACGGGCAGAUACGGCGCAUCCUCGACGAAAAGAUUGCGGAGGCCAUGGAACGUGGCCUUACGGAUGCGCAAGCGAUGGAGCUCAGGCGCAUCCUGACCCAUCACAUCGAUGUGUUCCGUCUCGAGUUUGGUCGGGACUUGCCGGUGGAUGUGGAGCCGUUGAUGGUACGGCUGAAGGAAGGCGCGGUCCCUGUAAAGACGUCACUGCGGCGGUACCCGCCUGCCCACAUGGAUUACCUCAAGAAGCAUACCGAUCAACGUGUGGACAGUCUCGAUGCCAUGGCCGAUGCCGAACUUGGCCGCAGCCAUGGCAACGCUGGUCGGUCUGAAGGUGUUUUCACGCUGGAUUGGCUGAAGGGAUAUUGGCAUCUCGCGCUGCAUCCCGCCUGCCAGUUGUGGUACUCGUUCAUUACGCCUUUUGGCUUGUAUACCUCCACCCGGAUCCUUAUGGGCCAGACGGGGUUCCGCCUCAAGCUCCAUCCAAGGAAGUGCGACUUCUUCCUCAAGGAAGCCAAAUGGUGCGGGAAAAGACGCCAACAACUGGCGCCGAGUUACAGCAGUUCGUGUGCGCCACGAACUGAUGCGCACGUCGAUCCCGGGGUAUGCGAGUUUGGUUGCUCCCAGCGUGGAUUGCUGGAUUUUGCAGCCAAGGCCGCCGGAGGCUCGAAGAAGACAGCCUUGGCGAAGAUCAAGUUGGAUGUCAUCGGUUGGGCAGCUGAGCACGACGAGUGUAAUGCAGCUGUUGAAACGACGCUUCAGCACACGGUGCCGCUGUCGCAUCCGUCGUCGGGGAAGGUCAUCUGUUUGUACACAGAUGCAAGCGAAACGCACUGGGGCGCGGCGAACACCCAGAUUCCACCUAGAGACCUGGGUCUGCCCGUGGAUGAUCAGGGGCAUGAGCCGCUGGCGGAAGCGUUUGCGAUCGUGGAGUCGUGCAAACGGCUCGAGUACCUCCUGCUGCGGCAGCAGGGAUUCCGACUGUUCACGGAUCAUCAGAAUCUGUUGCACAAAUUCAACAUGGCGCGUUACCAUGCCCACAAGUUGAAGUGGUGGGCUAUGGUCAUGACGACGUUCCCAUUUGGUAGCCUGUGGGGAGUGGCCCCUCUGCCUGCGCAAGUUGCGCGAGUGCGACAACUGGUGGUUGCUUCGCCCCUACAAGCAGAGGAUUUCGAAUGGCCGACGGCAGCCAAGAUCUUGGGGUUACAGCGUGAAGCGACGGAAAACUCGGGGGAAGAACACCCGAAUGUGACCUGGAGUGAAGAGAACGGUCUUUACGUGACGACAGCCAGCAAGAUUUGGGUCCCGGACAAGGCAGUGGAUCUGCAUCAUUGCCUGUCAAGGACGGUGGAAGUGGUGAACAGCUUCGUGAAGCGCGAGUUGAAGGCCCUCCUCAGCGAGAUGAAGUUGCGACUGGACGAGUGGUACCGUGUAUUGCCGCUCGGGCAAAGUGCCCUGAACCACCAGUCGGCCGAUCGGCUGGGUGGUGUUUCCCCGGUGACGACGUUUCAAGUUUUGCCGUCAACACCGCCGAUUGCUGGGUUCGUACACCCAAGGACGAAGGAAGUGGUGACUGUGGACUGGCUUCCCAGCACAGGUAAGAAGCACAUGGCCGAGUUACGACAAGCUCUAGACGACAUGCAUCGGUAUGUCGCUCAACUGGUGGAGCCGUACAAGACAGCGUUGCACCACACCAGCCGGCUCAAGUUCAUUCGCGUCGAUGACCUCGAGGUAACAAAUGACCUGGUGGAUUACGCCGCGUUCGGUGAAGCAGGUUUCUACGUCGAGGCACUCUUGGCGGCGCGUUGCAACGAAGGAAGACAUGAAGUUCUGGUCAAGUGGAAGGGGUUUGAAGCAGAAGCGUCUUGGGAACCUGCAUCCCAAUUGUGCGAAGACAUUGCGGUUGUAAUGCGGUGUUGUAUUGUGAAGAACGACGACAAACAAGAAAUCAAGGCACUGCGGGCGCCCAUAGAAGAAACGAUCGGACACUCCCUAUUGGAGGGGGAAGUGUUCUGGGUGCCCAGAACAGUAGUAUGA